AUGUCGUCAGACGGAGACUUGGACCCAAGGACGGUUCACAUCUUGGACACGUUCACCAACUGCAUCAUGAUCAACUUCCUCGGCGUCUUCGGCAUCGUAGGGAACAGCAUCAACAUAGCCGUGCUGUCUCGCCACGGUUUUCGCGAGUCCACCAACAUCGUCCUCAUCGCCCUCUCCACGUCUGACCUACUCUUCAGCACGUUCCAGCCCAUCACGAGGCUGAAAUGCAUCGUGGGAUACUUCGACUCGAGCUUCGCGGAGACCGUUCACGCCUUCGUAACGGUGUAUUUUUUCCUCCCCAAAUUCGUCUGUCUGGGCAUCAGUUUUUGGUACGUGGCUCUGAUCGCCAUUGAGCGUUUCGUUGCCGUGUAUUUCCCGUUCCAAGUUUCCAAAAUUUUUACCCGGAAACGAAUGUUGGUUUUAGUGAUUUUUAUUUUUUGUUUCGGAUUCACGAUGAUAUCGCCAACGUUCUUUGCUUUUCAGUACCAUUGGAGAUGGAACCUCGUGUUGAACAUAUCCCUUGGUGCGGUAGACUACACAGAUUUCUACAUCACAAACCACGAGUUCCUCGACUUCUACAUGUGGGUGGGUCUCAACAACCUAUUCUGUACCUUGAGUUUCUCUGUCGUCCUAUUCUGCUGCCUGGCUAUCUGCCUGAAGCUGAUGCGCAGUGCUGUGAAAAGAGAAAAACUGACCACCACCAGCUCCGGAUAUGACGUCAAAGUUGUGAAAAUGCUCGUUACCGUCUGCACUAUUUACAUCUUCGUUGCCAUACCAACGAUAACAUUGUACUCGUAUUAUAAACCAAGCUUUAUAUUUGUCUCCCCUGUCCACCGUCUGAUGAAUGACGUCAGCGAUAUUCUAUUUCUAACCAACGCGUCAUCGAACUUUAUCGUUUACGUCAGCAUGUCCAAGAAGUUUGCUGACACGUAUAAGCAGCUGUUGGGGUUAAGGCCACGCGUCAAGAUGCACAGAGGGAAAACGGUCAACUAUCGUACUAAUAGGCUGUAA